AUGAUGACCGUGCCGCUACUGCUCGCGACCUCGACGCUGGCGCUGGUAUACGCAUUCGUCACACACGACUUCUCGGUGCGCUACGUCGCCGAGAAUAGCAGCCUCGACCUGCCACAGGUCUACACCUGGGUCGCCCUCUACGCCGGAAACGCCGGAUCGCUCUUGUUCAUCGCCACGGUCUACUCCAUCCUUACCGCCGUUGCGGUGGUGGCGUUGUCGCGUAGGCUCCCCUAUACGGCCCCCUACGCGACGAGCGUCAUGGCCCUAGUCAUGGCCUUCUUCCUGGGUGUCAUCGUAUUUCUUGCCAACCCGCUCGAACGCCUGGCCAUCGCCCCCCCGGACGGGCAGGGGAUAAACCCGCUGCUGAUCCACUUCGGGAUGUUCAUCCAUCCCCCCAUGCAGAUGAUGGGCCUGAUCUCGGUUGCCAUCCCGUUCGCCAUAGGCAUCGGCGCUCUCCUGGCCGGUCGCGGCGGUCGCGACGAGUGGGUCGACCUCGGAAGAACGUGGGGAAUGGUGUCAUGGCUCAUCCUCACCGUCGGGCUGCUGCUCGGAUCGUGGUGGGCGUACACAAUCCUCGGCUGGGGAGGUUACUGGGCGUGGGACCCGGUCGAGAACUCCGCCCUCAUGCCCUGGCUCGCGAUGACCGCGUUCGUUCACUCGAUCAUGGUACAGAAGCGACGCGGCAUGUUCCGAAUGUGGAACAUCAUCCUCGUCUCGGUGGCCUUCGUCCUCGCCGAGAUGGGCAUGUUCAUCAAUCGCGGCGGCCCAGUCCCGUCCGUACACUCAUUCGCACAAUCGACGAUGGGCUGGGUCUUCCUCGGCUUCAUGGCGUUCACCCUCAUCGCGGCACUCGCCGCCUUCAUGUGGCGCAUCGACACCCUCAAGAGCAGGGAGCGUCUCGACUCGAUGCUCUCCCGCGAAAGCGCCUUCCUGACGCAGAACGUCCUCUUCCUAGCCGUCGCGUCAUCACCCUCUGGGGCACCAUCUACCCCGUCUUCUCCAAGGCGGCUUCCGAUGAGGUAUCACGGUCGGCAAGCCGUUCUUCGACCAGGUAAACGGCCCUAUCCUCCUCGUCGCUCGUUUUCCUCAUGGGAGUAG